AUGUUUUCUCGCUCCAUCCUGCUGGGUGGUGCGCUCGCUGUGGGCGCCAGCGCCAUGCUGGUUAUCCCUGAGACCGUACCACAAGUGGAUCAAGUGGAAGGGAUCGAAGACGAUUUCGUUAACAUACUUCAACCCACCUACCCUGAUGUCUCCUACGCUGUGAUGCUGAACUGCGACGCGUGCCCCUUCCGUGGGGUUAAUGAGGAGGGUGUUGUCAGCUGGUCUGAUAACAAGCCAUCCACUCUGUUCGUCGAGUUCCACAUGGAAGAGAACCGUCUGCUGGCCAACGAUCAUCAAAUUUUCCCUCCCGUUCCUCCUACUCCUAUCACCGCCGUCCAGCAUGCCCGUGAUGGUGACGAAGAAUCAAGCCCCAUGCUUGUUGGAUACGCCCUGGAGGUUACCUCGCGCUCCAAGGAUUCCAAUGUGGAGGAAGGCUUCGACGUUCUGGAUGCUCGCUUCACCAUUCUCGACCUUGAAACUCACCCUGUCCCCGUCGACACCGUCGCUAUGACUAUGAUCCUCACCCCGACCGGAGAUCUGCUCCUCGUUGAUGGCGAGAUCGACAACACCGCCCCACCAGCUGAGAAGCUGUCGUGGAAAAAGUGCGAGGGUAAGCCUAAGUGUCUGCAGGAGCUUUUGUUCGAUCGCGUCCACGGCCUUCUUGAGGCUGCCAAGGACCGAUUCAGAGGCAAGGGUGGCAAGAAGGGCUGCCACGGAAAGCACGGGAAGCAUGGCAAAGAGGACAAGCACGCCAUGGGUGAGCACCACGGUCACCACGAGGGCAGUGCAGAGGAAUUCGAGGACUUCAAGCACCACCGUCCCCACCAUGACUUCCACCCUGAGGGCAUGCCUCCUUUCCCUUCAUUCCACGACUUUGAGGACGACUCCGAGCCCAAGGGACAUCGCCCCCAUCACCACCACCCCGACGGCGAUCACUUCAACCCUGAGGCUGAAGAUGGCCGUCCUCACUCUCACCACCACAAGCACCACGGAGGUCCCCCUCACGGUGCUUUCGCCCACACUUUCUCCCGUGUUGUCCGCUUCAUCGUCGUGCCUGCCAUUCUCGGUGUUCUAGCUGGUCUCACUGCCAGCGCUGUUGGUAUGCUUGUCGGCCAGGCUGUUGUCUUCCUCUGGCAGCGCUACCGCGGUACCAAGAACCAGGAGCACAAGGCUGCUUGGGAGGAGGGUGCCACCUGUGAGAAGCAGGGUCUUAUGUCUGAGUCUGCCGAGGAGGAGUUCCUUCCUGAGUACAGCCAGGAGACAUCCGAAACCCGUGCGUCUAUGGAUAAGAAUUAA